GCCUCGGGGGAGGAGGCAGAGGAGGGCAGGGAGCAGGCGCGUGUGGUGGCGCGUGCGCGCGGAGGGGUGGCUGAGCGGAGCCGUUAGGAUGUCGCGUUACGGCCGCUAUGGAGGCGAGACCAAGGUGUACGUGGGGAACCUGGGCACGGGCGCGGGAAAGGGCGAGCUGGAGAGAGCCUUCAGCUACUACGGGCCACUGAGAACCGUGUGGAUCGCGAGGAACCCGCCGGGGUUUGCCUUUGUGGAGUUUGAAGAUCCGAGGGAUGCUGAGGAUGCUGUCCGUGGACUUGAUGGAAAGGUGAUUUGUGGCUCCAGAGUUAGAGUGGAAGUGUCAACUGGGAUGCCUCGUCGCUCCCGUUAUGACAGGCCUCCAGCCCGGCGCCCCUUUGACCCAAACGACAGAUGCUAUGAGUGUGGUGAGAAAGGCCACUAUGCUUAUGAUUGUCACCGCUAUAGUCGCCGAAGGAGGAGCAGGUCCCGGUCGAGGUCCCGUUCGCGGUCCCGAGGACGAAGGUAUUCUCGCUCACGCAGUCGCAGUCGUGGUAGGAGGUCCAGGUCAGCUUCCUAUCGUAGAUCCCGCUCCGUUUCUCCUCGUAGGUCUAGGUCUGUGUCUCCCCGCCGGUCCCGAUCGGCAUCCUUGAAGAGAUCAAGGUCUAGAUCAAGAUCUAGAUCUAGAUCCAGAUCUGUUACAUGGCCCCGAAGCAGGUCUAGGUCCCAUGGGAGAUCAAAAUCUGGCUCGCCAGCUAAGAGUCGGUCAAAGUCCCGAUCACCAUCUCCAAAGAGAAGUCGUUCACCAUCAGGAAGCCCUCAAAGAAGUGCAAGUCCUGAAAGAAUGGAUUAAAGUUAAUCUUUUAGGAAGAAAGUUAUUUUGCUUACAUUAUUAUAAGGGAUUUUGUGGUGUCUUUGUAAAUGUAAGAAUGUAGAUAGGAGAGUAUAUCAACUAAAAUUUGGCAUGAUCUGGAUCUUCUGAGUUAGUCACACUAAUAGACUAGCACAGGUCUCUUUUUAUUGUAUGAAUUAACUUCCUGUGAAACGAAAAUGCGGGACUUUUUUAUUGGCACAUUGAAAUAAAAUGUGUAUUUUUAACUAAAACUCCUCUGUAGUAACCCUGCUGCUUCUGUUAACAUUUGGGUAAUUUUAGCUGUGUGCCAUGUAAUGUGGAUGACAAAUGUCUAAAAUGGAUGGGAAUGACUAAUACCGGUGUCUUCUCCAAGUAGUCACUUUUCACAGUUAUUGUUGAAUGCUACUUGGUGAAAGGAUCAGUUUCUGCUUCCUUUGAAAUGGAAUUUAAAAUCCAUCUCUGUCUGCAGAUGGCCAAAAUUCAGCAUAUGCACUUUUUAUGAUACUUAGUGGUCAUUCAUUUCCGCUCCCUGAUCUGGCUAUUCUGCAAGGCUUACUCUGAUGCUUGACGAGUUGUGAUACCAGAUGCCCAAAGACUUAGGAUGAACUUUUAUUCAAUACAGUGACAUCUGCAUAAAAAAAAUAACAUCUGCAGAAAUCUCUAAACAUAAAUCAUUAAUAACUUGAUGAUUGCUACUGCAGCUUGUUGCAUUUUUUGGUUCUUUAGGCUGUUAAUACAAAGAAAACUUGUGUCUUGAAACAUUUUAACAUUUUCCUUUUUGGAGGCAAGAUUGAAGGUCUUCUGGCCUACUUUCUGAAGGACCUUAGGAGAAUGUGUUGAGAGGCAAAAGAAAGUUGUUACUAGUCUUUAUGCAUCUCACUUAAACCUUCUUCCUUAAAGUGAAAGAUUCUCUCAGCUGACCUCAGGAAUUCUAACCUGCUUCACAGAAAUCCAUAUGGUUUUAAAGCAGCCCAGAUCCUGGAGAUGGUUUUGUUGAAUUAAGCUAUUUUCUUACAGCAACUGCACACCUGCAGGAAUAAUUAUUUGUGUAUAGGUAUGUCAAACUCUAUGUUUGUCCUCAUUCUGUAGAAAAGAAUUGCAUGAUAAGGCACUUUGACACAGCACUUGAUCCCAGCAAGAGACUGGAAAUGAUGUUAGACUGAACAAACAAGCUGAUAGCUGGAGGGGAGAAAAGCAAACAUAUCUAGUAGAAAUAAAGUCCAGUUUCAGCAGCAAACAGCCACUGAAAUAGAAAGUGAGGCUUAUUUCAACUUCUUACGAUGUCUCUCAUGGCAGUUUGCUUCCAAUGUGUAAAGCACAGCAGAAGAAAACCCAACAAGAUUAACUUCGGUCACACCGUGGGUAACCCAUGUUUUUCAAAACCCAGUUUUCCUUAAUAGUGACUUUAUGGAGUUUCUUCAGUGCAUGAGUUAAUAGUCCAGUUCUGAGCAUACUGUCAUGCUGCAGCACUGUCUGGCCUUUAUGCCUGGUGCUGUUGGGAGCUUGGUGUCUGCCUGGACAGUCCUGUGGUGCUCAACGAUGGGGAUAAGUGUUUCAUCUGCUGGGAGCAAUGAUUGAUAUUCUGGUAAUAUCCAUUUUCCACGGUCACCACAAUGGGGGGGGGGGGGCCAGUGACACUGCAGUGAUGUAGCAGAAAUUCCCAGUCUGUGUCUUGUGUUUGGAAUAUUUCCUAGUUGUGCAUUGCCUACCCAGUUCAUAGUGUACCUGGUGAGAGGCAUAUGUAUGCCAGUGCUCUGGAAUUUGAUGAGCUUUUUUCUUUUCUGUACUCUUAAGGCAUGCCUACUCCACAAUAAACCUGCAGACUGAUGUGA